UGGUGAGAAAGGAAGCUUGGUGACACACCAACCAACCAGGCUGCCCCAGACCAGUCCUAGGAGGAAUCCAAAGCUCCCGACUGCCCUGGGGUGUGGGUCACAGCUGCCCAGCCCGCGGAUGCUGCAAUGACCUCACAGCGUGAAACCCAGCUUCCCACCUGACUGAGUCAGCUGGAAACAAACACAUCGCUGCCGCACGCUGGCACCACAGCCACGCCACUCAUCAGUCCCACAGCAGCGGCAGCCGGGCGCAGUCCUCCGCUGGCCUAGACAGAGGCCCAGGGCCAGGAACAGCCAGAGACGACAGCCAGCGGGGGCCCUCUGCCUCCUGCUCGGAGCGAGCGCGUGGAGGCUGAGUGCAGGGAGCCCCGGCCAGCCAAGAUCCAGCUCUGCUGCCCCGCGGCCCCGCUCCACCUCGUAAGUGCUGCUUUUUUCCUCUGGGGUUUUUCCACGUCCUGUGAAGUAACCAGGCCACAGGAUCCCUGGGGAGCUCCCUCUUCCAGGCCCGAGGACUUGGCUGAGCAGAGACCCAGGGCUGCUUCUAGCCCCUGCCAGGGCUCUCUCCCCGAUUCCUGGCAUCCACUAGGGACCAAUGGUCACUAGUUGCUCUGGGACACCUGUGCGGGGCUUCUGAGAGGACAGGCCUGUCCGCUGCCUCUCCAGGGCACAUGGAGACCUGGAGGAAAGGCUCCUUCCGCAAUGCCUCCUUCUUCAAGCGGCUGACCCUGGGGCGGCCCCGGCGCCUGCGGAGGCAGGGCAGCGUGCUCAGCCAGGCCAGCACUGCGGGCGGCGACCAUGAGGAGUACAGCAACCGCGAGGUCAUCCGGGAACUGCAAGGGAGGCCAGAUGGCCGGCGUCUGCCCUUGUGGGGGGAUGAACAGCCCCGGGCCACCUUGCUGGCUCCUCCCAAGCCCCCUCGUCUGUACCGAGAAAGCUCCAGCUGCCCCAACAUCCUGGAGCCCCCAACCCCCUACACUGCCGCCUACGCCGCCACCCUGCCCUCCGCGCUGUCCCUGGUGGGCCCGCUCCACCACUUCUCCGAGGAGGACCUUUCGGCCACACCCGCCCGCCCGAGGACGCCUGCUCCGGACCUCGGUGACCCCUUCGUCUCCUUCAAAGUGGACCUGGGGAUCUCACUGUUGGAGGAAGUUCUACAGAUGCUGCAGGAGCAGUUCCCCAGCGAGCCCCGCUGCUGAGUGUGGUGAGGGCGGGCGAAGUUGGGGUGACAGGAGGAACAAAGCCUGGGGACCCGGGAAGGAAGGUACAGCAGGGGAUUAAGGAUCAGGCAGGGGCAGAGACCCAUGGCUCUCCACCUCACCCCAACUGGGAAUGCUGGGGAUCCUUUCUGGCAGUAGCCCGGAAGGAAGCUGGCGAGGCCAGGAAAGGGAGGCCACACCCUGAACCACAGGAGCCAGGCAGAGGCCCGCAGAGGAGGAGAGGGCGAGUCAGGGUGUAGGAGGACAGUGUGGGCAGAACGCCGUGCCUGCGCCAGCCUCUUAAAAGCCACUAGUAACAGGUCCCAGCACUUGGAAGACGGGGUCCAACCCAGGCCACCAGGAAGGGGGGUGCUGAGAGAAUGGGGAAACAGCCCAAGCCAGUUGCCACUUGCUACACUGGAUGCUUAAGUGCCAGUUCAAUGCAAGUUAUAAAACCAACCCAGGCCUCAUCACACGAGGCACACUGGACCAAGGCCUCGUCGGUGCCGCCCGCUCACAGCACAGCAUGAGACCGGCAUCACUGAGCAACACUGGUGUUUCUGGAGCCCUCAGUGGAGGGCGGGGAAAGGGACUGUCAACACACCAUCAGCAGAAAGGAGGGCACAAGCGCUUCAACCUGCCCACCGGCUGCCCAGCCGCGCUGGACGGAGCAGCUGCAGGGACUGACCGCCAGCCACCAGCAAGGCCCCAGCCUGCAAAGCCACGGCACUUUGGGUCUAUCUAGCACUAUUAGUGACCCCAGUCUUUAGGAAAUGCUGUGAAAAUAGUAGUAGAUUUCCUGUCCAGAAAAGAGAACUUCCUGUCCAAAAGAGGGAGGACUUCCUGCCCAGAAGAUGGGAGGACUUUCUGUCCAGAAGAGGGGAGGACUUCAUCUAGAAAAGGGAGGAUUUCCCAUCCAGAAGAGGGGAGGAUUGAGCCAGAGGAUGAAGAUAAGUGAUGAGGAGGCACAGCUGGCCUCUGGAAUCUUCUACUGGGACGAGGGAGUUCUGCCUAAGCCAAACCUCUGAUGAGGAGGCUGCCAACCAGGCCGCCUCCUGGGCCGGGCUACCAGCUGCGCUACUGCCGCGUCCUGCGGCCUGGCCAGGAGCCACAGCACUUGACUGGACUAUGUGAUGCCGACCCUCAGCCUACCCAAGAAUGGGAGGGGGGAAGGAGCUGCGGCACACGCGGCCUCUGCAGCCCCUCUUGUUCCUCGGUGGGGGAACUAAGCUGAAAGGCUCCUCUAUACACAGAGGAGGUAAUAAAGUUCUUUUUAACACAACAUAUGGAGUGUUACCUGGGCUCUGAAAUACUAUGUUAAGGUGAGAGA